AUGACGACCACUCCAAUGACAAUUGUUCUUCAAAUCGAUCCGUUCUGUAACUGUGAAGGACACAUACAUCAGGUGAAGAAGACACUCCGUGAUAUUGGAGGUGUCAAAUUGUUAGCAAUGAACCCCGAAAUGGGGAAAUUCACCAUCUCAACUGCUAAACACCCUGAAGUAAUCAAAUUUGCUUUUACUCAAACCUUUCGAAAGAAAAAUAUCAUUUUGUCACUAGAACAUCCAAAUCAAUUGCCUGGUUUUAACAACCCAGAUAAUUUGAUGAAUAUUAGUCGUCAAACUCCUGUUUCUUUUGUAACUCCUCUAGGUACUGCUGAUGUUCAUGAUAUAGCUAAAGCAUUUGUGACAAUGUCACAUGCCAAAGGAUUAAAAACUAUGGAAUUCACUCAAUCAAAUACUAUUAAGAUGAACUUCACUAAUCGUGAUAAUGAUCAACCAUCUACCUCUAGGUCAUCUUUAAUUCACAAUGUUCGUGAUGAUCCUAAUGAUGUUCAUGUUAAAUAUGAUGGUUUUGAAUAUGGUCCUCCAUUGACACCACCUCCCCCAAAUACUACUAAGCCAUCAGCCCCACUCAUUCCUACAACUGAAAAUUAUGUUUAUGGGCAUCCUGCUGAGUUAUAUGGUGUCCCAAGAAGUUCAAGGUAUGAUGAUCCACAUGGCUGUUGCACCAUUCUUUGA